CUUUAUUCUGUUUCUUUUCCCUUUCUUCUCUAUGGAGCCAUUCCAAUGGAACCAACUCCUUCCAACAAUCCCUAACCCCAAGCCCUAGAAUUGAUCCAGUGAGUGAGAGACGGACAGAGAGAAAGUUCGGUUUCUCUGAAAUCAAUCCGAUUUCGAUUGAGGGAAUUCCCAAUAAGAAGAAGAAGCAGUUCAGUUUCCAAUGCCAAUUUCCCCCGAAUUCCUUCCAAUUCCAUUCCCAUAUCCCAUUCUGCCAUUCGAUUCCACGCCAUAAGCGUCGAGUUUCUUCCGUGAAGACCCAUCAAAUGAUUUCCGAUCCAAACCUCAUCCUUUACGCCUGCAUUGCCAAAGAAACCACGAUUCUCUCCCAAUUCACCAGAGAACCCGAUCUCGAACACUUAGCCCUAAAAUGCAUUGAGAAAACCCCACCUUACCACUCCUUUUUCUCUCAUAACAUUAGGAGCCGAGCCUACACGUUCCUUAUCGAAGACCCUUUUGUGUAUUUCGCUGUGUUCAAUGAGGAUUUGGAGCAAUCGGAGCGCCUUUGGUUCCUAAACCACGUAAAAUGCGCUUUUGAGAAGGUCAUAGAAGGCGGCGCUUUAAAGGGUAUCAACCAUCUUAGCUUUCUUUGCCUUCAAAAGCAAUGCGAUCCCAUUUUUUAUGAAAUAAAGGCGUCGGAUUUGAGCUUGGUGAAUGUUUCUCCAAGGACGGAGUCCAAGGGAAGUCGGAAUCCGAGCUUGGACUCGGUCAACGGGAUGAAGAUGGUGAUUACACCGCUUCUCGGCUCGAAGCCAUGUAAAGCUUUGAAAAAGAAGAAGAGGAUGGGUGGGGAGGGUACUGGAGUUCCUAAAGGUGGUGCAUUAGAUGAUAAGAUGGAUGUUUUUCAUGAUGUUAAUGGCGUGUACAAGGAUUUUACGUUGCCGGUGCAAAAGGGUUUCGCAAAUGAUCGGCAAAAGGCAAAGCAAAUUUGGAGGAAACAUGUGUGGGUGGUGUUGUUGCUGGACUUGUUUGUGUGCUCGGUGUUGUUCGUGAUAUGGUUGUGGGUUUGCCGGGGGUUUAACUGCAUUGCAGGUUGAUUUGGGAUUGAAUGGUUGAGUUGGGGGUGUUUUGGCAUGUUCUCUCUUUUUUGGGGGGGCUCUGGGAGGAGGUGGGACUGGUUUUAUGACAGAGACUUGACUUUCACGAGCGAUUGGUGUAUGAUGAGGACGUAUAAGUAAGUGUUAUUGAUUUCUUCUUUUGGUAAUUUACUUGGCUUUUUCUGUGAAAUAUUUGUAUGAAUCUCAAGACAAGUAAUACAGCUCUCUUUAUACGGUUCAUUUGUAUUAUAGCACUGCUCUCAUGUAAUGUAUCAAA